ACAGGGGAGGCUGUCCUUCAAUGACCUUAGCUGUUGAUAGGACGUUAAACAAUACUUAACCAAACCAAACUAAUUUCAAGCAUCUUAUAAUUUGGAGUACAUGCAAACCAAUACAUAUAUAACAUAUGCAGCGACACACUUUCAGUUCUUUGUCACUUAACCAAUUUCAGAUGAACAGUAGCAUACGUUACUAUAUAAUUUAUAUACAUAUAUAUGCAUUAACUGAUAUAUUGUCAAAAAUGUCUCCUUUUUGAUAUUUUAUGUACUUAGUUGAAGUUUGGUCAGCCGCUACCUCAUUUAUGUUUGUGGCAUUUUCAGUGUUUUCCCGUUUAACUCCCUGCACAACUACACUUGCUAACUGCUCUUGGACAGUGCUGGUACGCUUUUACUGUUGUACAGCGUCGGAAAGAUAUUGUUUUUACAAAUUACUUUUUUGGGUAUGUCUGCUUCAUACAUCCGAGUUGGAGAGGUCGUCCUGAGAGAGUGGUUUGUGAAAAAGACAUAAUUUCAAGCAUUGGAAUAGAGAUGUCUCACAACUGCGGACAAUGUAUUUAUUGCUACGCGCAUAUCAGCAUACCAUCUUGUUGCAGUUGGUUUGGUAAGAGAGCGUAGAUUAACGGCAAUUCAAUAAGCGGUAUUCUAGAAAGAAAGAAAGAGAAACAAAAAUAAGAAUAGGGCAUCAUUUGAAAUGAUAAUAUUUUACUAAUAAGAUUUGUUUUUGUACUCUAGGCAGUCGAAUGAUGUUAUAUUGCUGUGUACAGGUUAUAAAAAACAAGAUUCUAGCAAGCCACUUGGAACCUUAGAUAACUGAAUCACAUCUAAAAUUGCAAUAUGUUAUAUCUGUUAUAUUGUAGUAAGUGUAUUUUAUUGUUUAGAGUAACUGUACUUACCAUAGUGACAUGUAUCGUUAGUACAACUGCACUAAACAUCUAACAGGAUGUUUGGUGUUGGCAAAGGCCUGGUGUUUUCCUAGUCAGUAUUCGGUGGUCAAUUCCUCCCGUGUUACACUUUGGUAUGUCCUCAGUAUAUAAUGUACUCAAGAUACAUCUUGCCAGAUUGGUAGUUCUUUCCUAUUUUGAGCUGACUGUGUGUGCCUACUCGUAAGUUGCAAUGUUCUCGUCUACCUCUUAAUGCAACGUUUAAUCCCAGUAUAUACAACAGAGUAUUUCGCAACUUCUCAGGAGUAUCAUAGCCCAGUAUUCCUUUUCGUCACAUCGUCUCCUCAUUGUCAAUACUGAUGAUAUAUGCUUGCUGUUUGUCUACCUAGUUAAGUCCUUCAUCUUUUUAAAUAUCCAGGACAUUUCUAGUGUUUUUUUUAUAGUUCUUCAUAAUGAAUCUUUUUUUUCCCGAAAGAAAUGUAUUGCCAGUGCAAUUCAUAAAGAGUAUUCCUACGAAUAUCAUAAUCCUCUCUGUUCUCUUUACGGAUUUCAAAAAUGAAAGCACCUACAAAGUAAUCUAACAAUUCUAAAUCCAUUGUAAUUCACCCUCCACAUGUUUAAUGUCUGUCCACACAUCUAUUGAAUAAAUUCACUGCCAACUUCAAUUUUGCUUCUGGUUUUUGGCAAAACGUGAAUGUGAUAUAUCUUGCCUUUGAGAGUCUGCCAAAGGAACACUGUACCGUUUGGAAAUAUUAGAAUCAGUGUCCACAAUUUUAUAUAUGCUUUGAAUCAACACAUUGCCAAAAAUGUCGCUAAAUUCCUGUGUUUUUUUUUACUGCUAUCGAGGAUAAAAUUUGGAGUAUGUUCCUUCUCCAUAUCAAGCACCUCUUUGUGUGAGGGAGAUGUCAUCUGUAAUCCUGUACAGCAUGCACAAGUGACAUUUUGAAUACCCCUGUCAGAUCCAUUAUAUACUGGUUAUCAAAAUAAAUUGGAACACCUCAGUUUACGUUAAAAUGGCAACCAGCCAAAUGAACAGUCUACCUGAAGAGGAACAUGUAAGCGACCAGUUUCUAGAAUGUUCAAUUUGUGGAAAUCCAUUGUUCGUUGAUGAUGUUCGUGGUCCAAGAUAUGAAUCGUGUGCAAACCCGACCUGUAAAGAAUGCAUGACUCGGCAACUUCUGCAAAGUUGUGACUCGCAUAUAUCUGGACCGGGUAGUGAGGUUCACCACAGUGACGAAACUGUUGUUACUCAUGAGGUCUACAUCAACAAUCAUGAUUACCCUCUGGCAUCGGAAAUGGCACCUCGUGAAGAUUCAACUAUGCAACCAUCACAGGAAAUCGAUAAUUCUAUGCAGGGUCCUGUUCGAACUAUUAACGAAACAUGCCAACUUAUAUGGAAACUAUGGACCUUCAGUCAGGAUUUGGUUACCACGUUGGCGCCAUUGUUCCUUCUGAUGAUGCUAGUUACAAUAUGCGUAUACAUCCCGAGUUUUCCUGCCUACACCAUUCUACCAUCAGAGGAAGUCGAACCGGUGAACAUGAUAUGUCGACACAGGACAAAAGAAGAAGUGUACCAGAACAUGGAAACCUCGAAAAAACAGGAGCAUAGAACUGUGUGUACCUUUAACGUUUUUCAUUACAAUUUACUCAGCAGAAACAGGACAUAUUUUGUACUUGACAUUAACAUUGACAUAGCAAAAACAUAUCAUGAUGGGAGGGUUGGAAAACUGUUCACCAUCAAGAUGUUUUAUCUAAACAAGGAGCACAAAACACAUCACAAACAACGGAGUAUGUAUUUGUCUGUUUCUCGGUGCAAGACCAAAUAUGACGAAAUUGCUAUAUGUCUGGAAGAUGUCAGCUACAAGAAAGAGACCCUACUGACCCAGAAGCUCAUUAGCACGGUUGUGAUGGAACAGAACAAGAGGGUAUCUUUCCUCUUUUUAGUAGAUAACGAGAAAAAAAUAAUGGAAAUCUUCACACCUGUGGUGCUUUGGAAGGAUGUUGUUUUCCUAGAGCAUUAUUAUGAAAGCAAGACCUUAAGCGUUUGGAUCUCACUUGCUGAUUCAAAAAAUGACAAGUAUGUAACAGCCAGAAUAAGGAGUGGGGCAGAUGUAGCAAUAGGCGAUCUACCAAAUCCUGCCAUUGUUACUAAUUAUCAGAUCGUCCAUGGGGUGUUAACGUAUCCUUUCCGCUGCCUUUAUGCCUACCUCUGGAAUACAUUCCUACCACUUCCUAUUCCAAACGAAAAUAACGAAAAGGAGACAUUGCACCCCUAAAUUAAUUUUUUGAGUUCCUUUGAGACUCAAUGUUUUAUUAAUUGUCAUACAAGGCUUUUCUUUUGGUUUUUACAUUUACUUCGUUUAGCAGGAGAUUUCAGUUUCAUAAUGUGUAUUUCCUUAUCCUGAUUUGCAACAUUAUUCGCUGCCGGAUCGUUAAUAGGCCAUUAGAUAUAUCGAAAGACGAAUGAAGCAAAUACAAAAUGGAAUCCACAGUACAUUCUGUGGCUAUUUAAAAUUUCCAAAGUAUGUUCCCAAAAUAUGUAUAUGGCAAGUGUUUUUCAUUCAGCAGAAUCAUGGGUUUAACAUUAUUGUUCUGUAAUACAUAUUUCACUGUGUAAUAUCGCCAUAAAAAACAGUCUAUCCACUCAAGGAUCCCUGUCCCACUGCACUGUGUUUUUUUCCUAAAUACGUAUACAGUAAACUCCAUGUAACUUCCGCUUGGAUUUAAUUGCAGCACAGUUGGUCCACGACGCCACCGUGUACCAGGUCGCUCAAUCAGUUAUAGCGAUGUUAUUAUCAAUCUGAAACUCAGGGUUUGGAUUUCGGUCUAGCCACGGCCUGCUGAAGUGUUACACCCAGAACACUGUUGUUGUUUGUAUUUUGUUUAUUUCAUCCUUAUCAUUUCUCAUAAAAGUCCCGCAAUGUAUAGGUUCCUUUAAAAAUGAUCUAUCAAAGCUAUAAUUAUGCCUGGCAAACAGUUCGCAAUGCGUAGUUACAGUAUUGGCGGUGAUACGUGAACUAAUUAAGGUAGUUAUGGUUCUCCAUUAUUUAUAUAAAGCUUUCGAUUCGGUAAAGAUAUGCUGUUAGUGACCAGUUUCUGUUUGAAUCACCAUAUUCUUUAGACAAUCAAAAAUACCAUACCGUGUUUAAACGCAUUCCGUUCCCAAUUACUAGUUAAAUUCCCAUAGCCAAACGAUCAAGAAAUUACCAAAAUGGAAAAUAUUAAAUUAAAUAUGUAGACAUUUUUGACAUGUCACGUGCUGCAAUUAAGUGCCAUCUGUACAGUUUAAUAUGUUGUAAUUAUACGGAAAACCAGCUUUUGUAUCCUCUAAACGUUUGCUUCAGUAUCCAUUUUGAUCAUACGCAUGGGAAAAAAUGACAUAAUCAAAAUGGUGGCCUGUCCAAACGCAUUUUCAUGGUUUCUGAGCUUAUUCCAGUUGUUGGUAUGAGAGAAAAAUACUCUUUCAUGCCCAAGGGUGUAGGAUAGGGACAUUCCACCCACGGGAUUUUCAAAUUAGGCAAAACCUUUGGCAAAGCCUCGGGUUUUACCAAAUUUGAAAACCCCUCGGGUGGAAUGUCCUUAUCCUAAACCCCUGGACAUGAAAGAGUCUCAUAUUUUGAUCUCUGCCUGUAUAAUGGUAUUUUGAGUUUUAUCCGUUCAUGUAUGUUUUACCUGGAUGAACUAAAAUUAGACCAUACUAAAAGAGGACAUUUUUUAUACGGAAAGUAUUUGAUAUUUUUCCCCAAUUUUUUUUUUAUUUUUUUUAGUCUGAGUAAAAUGUUUUGCAGUUGAAUAUCCCGGAAGUAAAUUGAAUAAACCAACUGUUUCUACAAAUCACAAAAUCAGGAAUAAAACCCCGGAAGGAUGUAACAACAAUAAAUACCAAUUUGGAAAAAACAGUUAUCAACAUGUUUCACGUCCUAUUUUCCCUUUUUUGAAAUUAAAUUCUGGUACACAGAUAAUUGGAUAUUAUUCCUAUUUUGCUCAUUGUUAUGCUACAUGUUAUGAGUUUUCAUGGUUACGCUAAAGUGUUCUCAUGGUUUUGCUGAUGUGUUCUCAUGGUAACGCUAAUGUAUUCUCAUUGCUACGCUUACGUGUUCCUAUGGUUUCGGUGACAAAACAUACAUAUCAAUUAGUUAUUGCUCUGCCUUGGCGUUAACAAAAGAUAUGAUUACGUAACAAGUACAUAAGGUAUGGUGCGUUUUAUACUAGCUUGUAUCAUUAUCCUUCAUUUAAAUACUCAUGAUUUCAAUUAUAAGUUCUACAUUUGAAUUAUGAAAAUUGAUUAUCCAGUAAGUAUGGAUGACGAUGUUGAUUUUAUCACGCUAGCUUGACAACAAAACUGAAGAUAUUUAGAGUACAACAUGAAAUGAGGAAUCACGAAUACUAAUUCCCCGUUUAACUUCUUCAGUAAAGCACACCUAUCCGCCAACAAGUAAACUUAACUCAUUUCGAUCAAAGGUACUAUAAUGUUUAAGUGUUUAUAAUUCAUCACCUUCAGAUGGUUAGAUAUAUGAGUGGCGCUUUUAAUCAUGCUAGCAUGGUCAAUGCUUGUCGUUUUUUAUAUAUGCAUGUUAAAAUGUUAAUAUUAUAAGGCUUUAUUUAUUUGUUUCAGUUCCAUGACAGAGUAUUUUGUGAACAUUUGGUUGCUUAUAUUUGACCUGUUACCUCACUUUACCAUCACUUUACGAAGGUAUAUGUCAUACACUAUGAGAAAUCUAAAUUUGUCAUUGAAAGCAAAAAUGGAAUAAAUGCACAGCCAAA